ACUCAUACCUUUUUGGGGGAGAGGAAGAAUGGGGCCCUAGGGCUGAAGUUGGCCCACUAACUUUUUCAGGGAUUCAGACAUUGUUACACCAAUUGGGUCCAGCCUUUGAAGAGUUAAGCCAGGCAGCUUGUCCUUAUCAGUAGGCUCAGCUUGCUGUAGCAGAGCAGUUACAGUUUGAAUGUAGUGCACUCACUGCUCUCACAGGCCUAGGAAAGAAGCAGGCGAGGGGGGGGGUUAUAAAAAGUUGAGAACAAAAUGAAUGCUAAAGCUACAUGGAAUAGCAAUCUGUUUCUAAAAUGAUGGUUGAAUUGGCACGGACUCUGUGGAGGGAGAAUAGCAGAGGACACUGGAAAUCUCUUGCUAUUAUAGCACUUUUAAAACUGCUGACACUACCUGGAAAAUUUAAAAAUAAAAAUUCAGCUUUAAAGGUAUUACGUUCUUCCACGAUUGCUAUCAUGGUUCUUAAGGUCUUCUUCCCCUCUUGCUGUGCCACAGCAGAAAGUGGCCUUUUGAUUGGCCGUUGGAUCCCAGAACAGAACUCUGCUGUUGUCCUCGCUGUGGUCCACUUCCCUUUUAUUCCUGGCCAGGUGAAGCAAUAUCUCUCUGAAGUCCAGCGGGUGACUCAGAUCGAUAUGUGUGUGCUGGGCUCAUGGAGUAACAGCAAACAGGAGAAGGAAGAGGUCCUGGACAAGUUCCUGGAAGAUCUCAGCACAAUCUUUUCCCAUGAGCCCUGGAUACAGCUCAGCAAAGAGGGAGACAGCAAGUUUUGGAGCUGCUGUAUCUUUCAGAAAUGCCCCAGCAGCCCCAAGGAAGAUGAAUUCAUCUUAGUAUAUUAUGACCAGCGCAAAGUAAUGCUUUCACAGCUGCAUCCCACCGACAGCCUGACCACAUUUGCUGACCAUAAGGGAAAUGAUGCCUCAAAACUAGGUGCUGUGUUUGACACCGUUGCAAAGAGCAAGGUACUGUUCAUGACAGACAGAUACGAUGAUGGGCCUAUCAAGCUGACUCACUGGCAGUCAGAAGGAGUGGAAGCCAGUAUUAUCGUAGAACUGAUGAAGCAGGCUUCUGUGCCUGUGUGUAUGCUGCUGACAUUCCUGCUUUCACUUGUCUCCAGUGUUUGUAAAAGCAGAGUGCUGAAGUUUUGGCCUUUGUCUUUCAUCUGGAGUAAACUCUCAACUUGUGAACAGUUGGGGCACCGACUGGAGCACCUCCAGAUCAUCAGCAGCAACAGGAAGGCUCAGAAUCAGACCCAGCUAAUGAGGAAAGCCAACAUCUUUGUUUCUCUCCUCAUUGACAUGACUCUGGGAAUACUGCUAAUGUCCUGGCUCUACAGAGAGAAUCGGAUUGGUCAGCUUGCCGACACUCUCAUCCCAGUGGCUGAUCAUAUAGCCAAAGAGCUCCAGGACCUGCUUCAGUGGCUAAUGGGAGUGCCAGCUGGUUUAAAAAUGAACCGGGCUUUGGACCAGGUAUUGGGCCGGUUCUUCCUUUACCACAUUCACCUGUGGAUUAGCUAUAUCCACCUGAUGUCUCCAUUCAUUGAGAUGAUCCUUUGGUAUGUUGGCCUGUCAGCCUGUCUGGGCCUGACUGUAGCACUUUCCAUCCUCUCUGACAUCAUUGCACUCCUGACCUUUCAUAUCUACUGCUUCUAUGUCUAUGGAGCCAGGCUCUACUGCCUGAAGAUCUAUGGCUUGUCAUCUCUCUGGCGCCUGUUUCGUGGGAAGAAGUGGAAUGUCCUGAGACAGCGGGUGGAUUCCUGCUCCUAUGACUUGGAUCAGUUAUUCAUUGGCACUUUGUUAUUUACAAUCCUGCUAUUUCUUCUGCCCACAACUGCACUGUAUUACUUGGUGUUUACCCUGCUCCGUCUGCUGGUGGUGUUUGUGCAGGGCCUGAUCCAUCUGCUCGUGGACCUCAUUGACUCUCUGCCCCUUUAUUCAGUCAUCCUUCGGCUCUGCAGAUCCUACAGACUUGCAGCUAGCGUGAAGUUCAGAGUCCUUGAACAGAAGCCUGGAAAACCUCUUCGACUCUUAAUGCAGAUAAACCCUCUGUCCUAUGGCAGCGUGGUGCAGACCUACAGGCUCACAACCUAUGCUUGUUACCCUAAGGAUUCCUGGAGCUCUCUGUGCAAGAAGCUGUUUGUUGGAGAGCUGAUCUACCCUUGGAAGCAUAAAGAGGAAAAGCUGGACUAAAGCAAAGCAAACAAGCCAGACCUGAAAGAAUGAGCCAAAAAACACCAUUCAGGCCCACUCGCUGCUCCCAGGACCAGUGAGCCUGGACCCAGCAGCUGCUAACUGGGACAAUGCUAUCAAAUCCUCUGCUGAGACUUUGGUAGUAUGCGAGGAGGGGCUGCAUUUUAAGUGAGAGUGUUUUUAUAUCAGUGUUUCUCACACUUUUUUAUACUGGUGACCCCUUUCACAUAGAAGGCCUCCAAGUGCGA